AUGCGAAUUCCUGGAUUGUUGUGCUUAUCCGCGGUGCUGAGUGCCAUUACGGCGAGUUCAUCUCCUGUGGAUAGCUGCUCUUCGCAAGGACCACGAUGUCGCCACAGAGGGCCAUCAUGGCUACAGGUCAAAGAUGCUGUAGAGUCGCAUGCGAGUCGAGCUUCUGAGGAUGCAACGUUGCACGCGGCCAGCAAUAAGGGGUGCUGCAACUCUUUUAGCAGCUGGCCGGACGUCGACAACGGUGUCACUUGCACCGAUUGCAUGGCCCUGGUGCUGACGGCUCCAUACAAUGGUCGCUGUGACAAAUACUGCGAGAGCUUUGGGCAUGUGUGCGUUGCGGCAGCAGAGGAGAAGUCGGAAGAUUGCGAGGUGCAGUACACACAGCUGUGCAAUCAAGCCAUCACGGGAACAUCAGACAUGUUGUGCAAGUGUGUUUUGCCAGACGCACCUGCUGCUUGUCCUGCCCCUACCCCAAAGUGUUGCAGUGCUUACACAAGCUGGCCGGACGUCGACAACGGCGUCACUUGCACCGAUUGCAUGGCCCUGGUGCUAACGGCACCAUACAAUGGUCGCUGUGACCAAUACUGUGAGAGCUUUGGGCAUGUGUGCGUUGCGGCAGCAGAGGAGAAGUCGGAAGAUUGCGAGGUGCAGUACACACAGUCGUGCAAUCAAGCCAUCACAGGAACAUCAGACAUGUUGUGCAAGUGUGUUUUGCCAGAUGCCCCUGCUUCUUGCCCUACCCCUCCAUCUGCCACAACAACCACGACAACCAUCGCAUCCACAUCUUCGACCACUCUCAUUGAGAACCCAUGCUGCAACUCUUUUAGCAGCUGGCCGGACGUCGACAGCGGCGCCACUUGCACCGAUUGCAUGGCCCUGGUGCUGACGGCUCCAUACAAUGGCCGCUGUGACAAAUACUGCGAGAGCUUUGGGCACUUGUGCGUUGCGGCAGCAGAGGAGAAGUCGGAAGAUUGCGAGGUGCUGUUCACACAGCCGUGCAAUCAAGCCAUCACGGGAACAUCAGACAUGUUGUGCAAGUGUGUUUUGCCCGAUGCUCCUGCUUCUUGCCCUGCCCCUCCACCUACCACUGCUCCUCCGACGCCAUCUCCGAACAGAAGGAUUCAAGUUGUUGGAAGACAGCUGCUGGUUGAGGGUAAGCCGCUGCACAUCAAGGGAGUUGCAUGGAACCCCGUGGCGAAGGGAGGCUCCUACCCGCGCGAUCUGGACUUCACCGGCUUUGUCGAGCAGGACGCAGCCCUCAUGCAGCGAAUGGGCAUCAAUGCAGUCCGAACCUAUGAGCCCAUCACCGAUGUCAAGGUGUUGGAUACACUCUGGAGCAAAGGCAUUUGGGUUGUGAACAGUGUUUACAAUUUUGGUGGAAAUUCCGCAGAGUCAGCUGCAGAUGCAGUAAGGGCCACAAAAGAUCAUCCGUCCAUCCUCAUGUGGAGCAUUGGGAACGAGUGGAACUACAACGGUCUCUACGUGGGCAUGAGCUUCCGUGACUGCAUUGCUCGUAUCCGGGAGGUUGCUGAAGUUGUCAGAAGCCUCGACACGGCGCACCCGAUCUCUACGAUCUAUGGGGAAGUGGUCGACAAGCUCGAUGAGGCCAAUCAGCUGCUGAAGGAUGAGAUUGAUGUUUGGGGCAUCAACACAUAUCGGGGCAUCAGCUUCGGCAGCAUGUUCGAUCAGUACGAAAAAGUCUCGGACAAACCCAUGUACUUGGGGGAGUAUGGUGCUGAUGCGUUCAAUGCCCUGGUCAACCGAGAGGAUCGUGAGGCCCAGGCGAAGGCAACACGUGAGCUCACUGAGGAGAUCCUAAGUGAGUCUUCAGUACUGGAACGCGGCGCUUGCAUUGGGGGCUUCAUCUUCGAGUUUGCAGACGAGUGGUGGAAGGACGGUAGCGGCAGCCCUCGGGUCCAUGACACUGGUGGGAUUGCGCCGGGUGGUGGCCCCUACCCAGACAAGACCUUCAAUGAAGAAUGGUGGGGCUUGGUCACAAUCGACCGCGAACCACGGCUGGCAUUCGAUGAGUACGCCAAGACAGAUUUGCCAGCGGCAUUGGCGCAGGCUUCAGUCCUAACAGGCUAG